AUGAGAACAAACAAGGCCUUCACUUGCCUCAUUGUUGUUGUAUACUAUCAAGAUCAGGAAAUAGUUGAAACUGUAAAGAAGCAAAGAGUUAUUGGAUACUUCAAUAGUUCAGGGGGAGCAUACUCUAUCCCUGAAGACUCUUUUUCAAAGUCAAUCCACAAAGGCAGAUUUUCCUUUAAUGAAAAACAAGUCAAGAUUGUGGACAGAGGCAUCUCAAAAAAGCUUCAAGACUUCAUUUCCUCUUCUGCCAGAGAUUGCAAGAGAGGGGUGUACAUACAAGGUCCACAAGGAUUCGGAAAAUCUCAUUCAAUCUAUCAAGCAGUAUAUCUGCUUCGACUGAAGCCCAAAAACAUCGUGAUAUAUAUCCCUGAUUGCCAGGGAUGGGCAGAAUCGAACAAUGCCUAUUCAUUCCUGAUAUCCUCAAUGGUUCAUGCUGCCUCAUUUGCCCAAGACUCUACACUCUCUAAUUUUUUGUGUAGCCAGACUAUUCCACAAUCACUUGCUUCAUUGAAAGAACUCAUCACCCAGGCCACAAAAUUGUGGUUGGAUGCUGAACAUCAAGUGUAUUGGGUUUUCGAUCAACACAAUGGCUUGACAGAUUCACAAAGAAAAGAGUCCCCCUAUUGCAUCAUUGAAAGCUAUCUUGCUGGAGCUAUGGAAACGUUUGGCCAAAUGGUGGUUGUGUCUGCAUCAGCAAAUAAUAACUAUUAUUUCACAGUCGCUCAUAAAGAAUCUUGGCCUGUUUUCCAAUUUUGUGAUGGCUUCACCAAAGAAGAGUGUUUGGCAUACUUGGGCAUACAUAAUGUCAUUGUGUCUGAAGAUGACCUUGAAACUGUCAAUCUUUAUACAAACUUUAUCCCAUCAGUAGUAGCAAUGGCAUUAAAGAUUCCUAUUGAACCCCCACACUUCAUUAACCAACAACUUAUGUUUGUCAAAGACAAACAUGUUUAUGGUAUUACAAAAGUAGUGGAAAGUAUACUUGAGGAGCGUUAUAUGGGUUCUGUUGUAAACAGUUUGGAGUUUACAGAGGAUCUCCGCGGCAGAGUUGUAGAGAAAUACAUUAUUGACUCUAUUAUUGAAGCAAAAGCUUUCAAAAUAUCAUGUUCAAAGAUGUUUUACAAUAUCGAUUACAAAAAAGAGGAGAAUGUGACAAAACUUUUAUCAACUGGGAUGGACUGGCAAGGUCUUGAAGCACAGAAACUCAAAACAGACAAACUCAAAGCUUACCGUUGGGGUUCACCAUAUAACGAGAUUAUCGUACCAUCGGCCUCCAACUUUCCACAUGUUGACUUCUUCUUGUGGACGGACCUGUCCUCACUAAUGUUACCCCCAGGUACCAAAACAAACUUUUUGUGGAUAGCCGAUCGACGUUUAAAUGUCAACAAAGAAUCUUUCAAUAACCAGUUUAUUGUAUAUUUGGACGAGAUAACCAACAACAACAACAAUUUGAAACUUCUCGAUUUUUUUGUUUCAAAGAGUGAAUAG